AUGAUCAGUGCAUCGCUUUUAGGUUCAUUAUUAACAUUGACAGCUGGGUUAGGGCUCUUUGGAAUCGUUUCGGGUAAGGGUUCGAUGAUUGAAUCUGCGCUUUUGUUUGCCUACAUUGUACGUUGUAUUUAUGAAACGUUCCCCAUAUUAUCAGAAGAUGCAAGUAAAACUUUAACUUCCAUAUUCACUCAAACAACAUUCAACUUACGGAAUGAAAUCCCUAAAUUGCCCCCACAGAUAACGAACACAGUACUGCAAUUAUUACCAUUCUUAGCUUCCAACUUACCAGGCUCCUUCAAGGCUAUUUGGGAAUUUUUAAUCACGUCAAUCCAUAAAGUUCCGUUACCUUUAUUGCUUAAUUUGGCUUAUAGAAUUGGUGUCUUUUAUGCUGCUACUAAAAUUAUUCCUUCUUUGUACCAUGAUGCCUCAUAUCCUUUUAACACUCCACCAAGAACACCUUCUCAGAAUAGAUCUCCCCGUCCUUCAUCAACAAACAUAUCAAGCUUAAGUCAACUCACCUCUAGCUCCAAAAAAAUCUCCUCGAAUCAUCGUCAUAGUAACAAACAUGAAAUAAAUAGUGAAGAGGUUAUAGACACAACUGAAAUCCAGCCAUUAUCACACUCCCAAUCUACAUUCACGAGAAACUCAUUUGGCAGAAAGCGUGAACCUCGUUCAACUAUUAUCAAGUUAAUCUACUCUUAUUCGCCUUGUAUUGUGAUUGCAGUCUAUACACAUUUAAUGAUGCUGUACAAAGGUGAAUUGGGAACCGAAUUGAAAAUUUGGGGUUGGUGGAAUCCUAACUCAGACAUUCUGGUAAUAGUGCAUCCAUGGCAAUUUUGGAAUUGGGUCAAUAUGGCUACUACAUUAUUGCUAUAUACCGCCGAAUUACUGGGCAACGACAGUAAUUCCGGCAGAACUGCUUUAACAAGUCAUUGGAAAGUUGAAUAA